ACUUGUAUUUUUUCUUUUCUCGCGAGCAUAAAACUGAGCCGAGAGCCUGCAGAAAACAGCAUAACGCUUUAGCGCUCGUUCACAACUUCUGACAGCAUCAUUCCUUCACAACAACACUUCACUAUGUCCGAUACGCUGGGAGAAAGCCUCAUCCGGAAUCUCAUCAACCUGGGUUUAGAUGAGCCGUUUCUACACCUAUCCCGGUCGGUCGCGCCGAAGAGCCUGAGCCUGAGCUCCGAGCGGCUCGCCGAGGACGUCUGGCAGACGGACACCUGGAGCCAACCCAGCAAACCCCAGUUUCCUCCUAAAGCAGACCGGUCCAUGAGUCUGACUGACACUGUCAACAGAAUGAAGCCCCACGACGUGCCCCCGCCGCCCGGAUUCCUGGCGCCCCUGCCCUCGAACCGGUACAAGACCGAGCUGUGCCGGAGCUUUCAAGAGCACGGCAGCUGCAAGUACGGCAGCAAAUGCCAGUUCGCUCACGGCGAGAGCGAGCUGCGAGGGCUCUACCGCCACCCCAAAUACAAGACUCAAGCCUGUCGCACUUUCUACCAGUUUGGAUACUGUCCCUACGGGAGCCGCUGUCACUUCAUCCACGAGGAGAAAAACUCUCCGACGCUCGACCAGAACCGGCGUCAGCUGCGUCAGAGCGUCAGCUUCGCCGGUUUCACGCGCAGCAGCUCCCCCCCGGCUUUACACGAGCACCUGAGCUUCACCCGUGCGCCCUCGGUCUCCCCGCCUCCCGCUGAUAUCCUGUCCCCGGUCUUCAGCGACUCCUCCCGCGACAUGUUCCCCUUCAGCCGUCACAGUACCGGAGAUAUCUACGGCAACGCGCCCUUCACGCCGGAGCCUCGGUCGCGGUGCGUCUGCGGACACGGAAAUAACUCCCAGGGCUCCGGCAGCGAGCUGUACGCGAAGGAAGACCUGAGCAAAGCCAACCUGCAUCGCUUCGCCUCGGAAGACUCGCUGUCAGACCGCGAAAGUUACAGCAGCACCGGCAGCGGCUCCGAGUCCCCCACCUUCGACGGCUCCAGCGGGAAGCGCCUGUCCGUUUUCACGCGGAUGUCUGUGUCCGACUGAGGACUUUACCGCCAUUCCCCCCCGAUCAUUCAAUCAGCAAAAAUAAUAAUAAUGUGCAACGAGUCUUAAUACUGUUAAUUUAUUAUUCCAUGUAUUGCUAAAAGAGAUUAUUUUCAUACCAAGCUGCCCUCCGAAGCCCAAGCAGGCACGGUUUUUUGUUUUAUUUUUAUAACGGCGUAUUAUUAGCUAGCUAUUUUCUGUGACAUUGUCUUCCAUUUGCUUUCGCUUUUCUUGCUUUUCGACGUCGUUUGGCGGCAAGCGUUACAGACAAGUGCCUUAAACUAUCAUAACCUAUGCUAGCGGCAUAAGCAGAGCUUGUGUCAAAUACACGUGCAUAUAGAAAUAUGUAUGUAUAUAGCAUAUAUCCAGUGUGUGAAUUGGGGGGUGACCUUUUAAAGGAGCUCCCCGAAUAAUUUGCAACUUGUGUAUAUCUACCAACAAUGUGACAAACUUGAGAAAAUGACCAUACAUUCACUCACAAAGAAUGCACUUUACAAAUCAAUACCGGGUGAAUGUUUCCAUGUAGCAUUUUUAACCAAAGCAUUACGAUGUUGGGUACCUGUUUUGUACAAGAAAACUAAGAAACAAACCUAAAAAACCAAAUAUUUAUAUUGGACAAGAGCUGUCAAGUUAAUGUUUUGACAACCCUGGUCGGGUCCUUACUCAAGGAAACUUGUCUUUAUCAGGGACUGUAACAGUACAGUAUUUCUGUAGAAUAGUUUGCUUUGUUUGCAUCGUUUUCUUUUUUUGUAAUUGUAUAGACAUAACUAAUAUAUUUAUUAAGUAUUUAUUGAAGGUAUAGCGAUGUAUUUUUUACUUAUUUAUCAACCAUGUGUCAUGGCCUUUAAGAAAAGAAGAAGAAAAAAAAAAAAGUUUUGACACGAAAUGAUGGAAACGAUUUCAAAUGACCAAAAAAUGUAAUAAAUGCAGAUUUUGAAAA